GCACCUCCAUAUCAUCAUCGGGUCCCGAAAAAAAAAAACGGCACCAGAAAAUUUUUCACUCCACCAGUUAUCGACCACGGAAAAUUGCUGGAAAAUUUUCACCGGAAAUGUGUCAUUUCUAGUGCCGUGUCAGUGUGAACGGAGUGGCCGGAUCGGGGGCAGAAAAGUGCUUUCAUUCAUUGGCAAAUCUGUCGGCACUCGGCGCUGUCGGCUGGUCGGGAAAGAGAAGAAACUGUGCGGUUGUUUGCUUUGGAGGAGCAUCCGUGCGGAUCACGAAUCGGUUCGUGGGUUUGUGUGGGGGUGAAAAAAGUGCGACUGUAGGCUGGGCCCGGGGUAGGAAAGGAGGAAGAAGAUGGCUGAAGGGAAGCGCCGGAGAGACGGCUCCCUGGAUGAGUUGGUGCAAUAUGUUACGUUGCACAUUCCGAGCCACGUCCUGCUGAGUGGAAGUACGCUGCCGUUCAUGCUGGUGUACGCCCUCUGGGGCUAUCUGUGGCUAUGCGUGUACGGAGUGGAGGAGUACUGGGAGGCGGGACUGUUGACACUGGCCGGGAUCGGAUUCGUGCAGAUUCUCGUGUGCCUCUGCUGCUUUUGGAGUGUGCACGUCCAGGUUUUUCUCAACUGCCGGAAGGCCAAAAGUCCCGAAAAAGCUAAAGUAGUCAAGGUGGUCCCCACGGAGAACAACGGUUCGUCGGAGCUAGUCAAGCUGCACUGUACGAAGGUAGAGGAGUUGAGCGAUGGUAGCCAACCACCGCCGGUUUACUGGUUCCUGUUCCAAAAGACCAAAUAUGUGUGGGACGCAGACAAGAAACAGUUUCGCAGCGUCGAAUUUCCCAUCCACAACACGUACGAGCAGUACUUUGAAUCCAAGGGGCACCAGGAGGACGCGGACGUACUGCUGGCGGAGAAGACCUACGGAAACAACAACAUGGAGAUGGUGGUGCCGGAGUUCUUCGAGCUGUUCAUCGAACGGGCCACUGCUCCGUUCUUCGUGUUUCAGAUCUUCUCGGUGCUGCUGUGGUGUUUGGAUGAGUACAUGUACUAUUCCCUGUUCACGCUGGGGAUGUUGAUUUCGUUCGAGUGCAUUCUGGUGCAGCAACAGCUGAGGAAUAUGUCCGAAAUCAGGAAGAUGGGUAACAGACCGUACAUGAUCAAUGUGUUCCGGAAUAGGAAGUGGAGACCGAUCAAGUCGAAUCUGUUGGUUCCGGGCGAUUUGGUGUCGAUUACGCGAUCGCAGGAUGAGAACUUGGUGCCGUGCGACCUGCUGUUGAUCCGAGGAACCUGUAUCGUCGACGAAAGCAUGCUUACAGGUGAAUCCGUUCCUCAAAUGAAAGAAUCGCUGGAAAACACCGAUGAACACAAGAAGGAACUGGACAUCGAGGCGGAUGGCAAGCUGUAUGUCCUGUUCGGUGGUACCAAGGUAGUGCAACAUUCCUCCCCGAGUAAAGGCGCCAUGCGAGCACCGGAUAGCGGUUGCAUUGGAUACGUUCUUCGCACCGGGUUCAACACAUCCCAGGGUAAACUGCUGCGAACGAUCCUGUUCGGCGUGAAGCGGGUAACGGAGAACAAUUUGGAAACAUUUGCAUUUAUACUGUUCCUGUUGGUGUUCGCGGUUGCAGCAGCGGUGUACGUUUGGAUCAAGGGGUCGGAGGAUCCCGAACGAAAUCGGUACAAGUUGUUCCUGGAGUGCACGUUGAUUCUGACUUCGAUCAUUCCACCGGAUCUACCGAUCGAACUGUCGUUAGCUGUGAAUACAUCCUUGCUGCAGCUGUCGAAGCUGUACGUGUUCUGUACGGAACCAUUCCGGAUACCGUUCGCGGGAAAGGUACAAAUCUGCUGCUUUGAUAAGACUGGAACACUGACUAGUGAUAAUCUGGUUGUGGAAGGUGUGGCGGGAUUGAAGAAGGACACAGGCAUAACUGCAAUCAACGAAAUUCCGGAAGCUACGGCGCACGUUCUAGGGUCUUGCCAUUCGUUGGUGCAGUUGGAUGAUGGUUUGGUAGGAGAUCCACUCGAAAAAGCCACACUGACAGCCAUCGAUUGGAACCUGACGAAGGGUGACUCGGUAGUUCCAAAGCGCGGCAAGUUCAAGCCUUUAAGAAUCUAUCAGCGAUUCCAUUUUUCAUCCUCGUUGAAGAGGAUGUCCGUUCUUGCUGGGCACCUUGUCCCAUUCAGCAAUGAAACGUGCUACAUCGGAACGGUCAAGGGAGCUCCAGAAGUGAUCAUGAAAAUGCUGAAAACAGUGCCCUCAAACUACGAAGAGACUUAUCUGGAAUAUUCUCGCCGAGGAGCUCGCGUUCUCGCCCUUGGAUACAAGUCUUUCGGCGCUCUGGACAAUGCUACGGUUCGUGAACUGAAACGUGCCGAUGUCGAGAAGGAUCUCGAGUUUGCUGGAUUUAUAAUUAUCUCCUGUCCAUUGAAGCCGGACUCCAAGUACGCUAUCAAGGAAAUUAUUCAGGCUUCGCACAAAGUGAUGAUGAUCACCGGAGACAACCCGCUGACGGCUUGCCACGUGGCUAAGGAAUUACGCUUCACCAAGCGCACCAUUGUGGUUUUGACUAGGGACGAUUCGGAUGAUUCCUGGCACUGGGAAUCAAUCAAUCGGGAAAUUCGAAUUCCUCUAGCCGAAAACCGAUCGGUCAAAGAGCUGUACAAAGAACAUGAUUUCUGCAUCACCGGCGAAGGUCUCCAGUAUCUGGACAGCGAAAAUCAUUCCUACUUGCUACAGCUGGUUCAGUAUGUCACUGUGUUUGCAAGGUUUGCACCGAAACAGAAGGAAUUCGUCAUAACCACUUUGAAGCAGCUGGGAUUCCACACGCUGAUGUGCGGUGACGGAACGAACGAUGUAGGAGCGCUGAAGCAUGCCAACGUGGGAGUUUCGCUGUUGAGUCAUCAACCGUCGAGGGCCGAGAAACGUCAGAUGCGGGCUGUGGUGCCGGACGGGGAAGCGGAUAAGAAGAAGGAGAAACAGGACGAUCGCAAGGCGCUUUCGCCGAGGGAGCGAGCUAUUAUGAAGCACCGAGAGAAUCUGAAUUCCACCCAGGAACGGCUCCAGAAGGUGCUGAAGGAGAUGGACGACGAGCAGGUGCAGAUCGUUAAGCUGGGUGAUGCCAGCAUUGCGGCACCGUUCACCAGCCGGUCGUCGUCGAUCAAUUGUGUUUGCCACAUCAUCAAGCAGGGCCGCUGCACGCUGGUAACGACGCUCCAAAUGUUCAAGAUUCUGGCCCUGAAUGCCUUGAUCUCUGCCUACUGCCAGUCGGUGCUGUACAUCGACGGCGUGAAGAACAGCGACACCCAGCUGACGUUGCACGGUUUGCUGACGGCGGCCUGUUUCCUCUUCAUCACCCGCUCGAAACCGCUCAAAGUGCUGUCGAAACAAGCGCCACUGCCGAACAUCUUCAAUCUGUACUCGGUGACGACGAUAUUGGCGCAGUUUGCGGUGCACUUUACGGCACUGAUCUACCUGGUGCACGAAGCCAAUGCGCGAUCGCCUCCUAGGGAAGGCAAAAUUAAGCUCAAUCUGGACAUGGAACCGGACGAAAAGGAGGAGUUCGUCCCGAACAUUGUCAACAGUACGGUCUACAUCAUAAGCGUGACGAUGCAGAUCGCAACGGUGGCCGUCAACUACAAGGGUCAUCCGUUCAUGGAGAGCAUGCGGGAGAAUCGAUUGCUGUCGUAUGCAAUCUUUACGUCCAGUACCAUUGUCCUCUGUCUGGCGUUGGGCAUCGUGCCGGAUCUGCUGUCGACCUUUGAAGUGAUAGACUUCGAACCGGAUUUCCGAAAGAUUCUUGUCGGUGUUCUGGUGGCGGACAUGCUGCUUGCCUACCUGAUCGAUCGAACCUGUUCGUUCCUGUUUGGCGAGAUGCGAAAAAAGUCCGACAUCAUUGCCUAGAGCGGAGGACCCAGGGGAGACACCCACGGCGACACAACUAAGGUAUCCUUAGCGGCACACAUUCAGCUAGAUAAAUAAGCACGAAAUGCAUCGUAGAAUUGAUUCUCGAGGGAUUGAUUCUGGUAGGUAUUGGUUUAGAUAAAAGAAAAACACGGCCGUCACAGUACGAUAAGUAUGACUGCUAGGGAAGGAAUAUUAGACGCCGUGUCCGUGUGAUAGAGUAUUUUUUAUUAAUUCGAUUUGAGAACCUUCUGAUGAAAACGAACGCGAAACGGCGACCCGUCUUGCUGAUGGAAGCUGGGAAACAUCAAGAAUUAGCAAAUGUUUCUUCUACUUACGGCGGUUUGUAUAUUAGCGAGGUUGAUGUUGAUGUUGGUAAUAGUAAAGAAGUGAACUAGCAAAGGGCAGCAGACUAAUAGCAAGUCAUUAGAGGAGGGAAUUUCUUCUUUAUGCGAAGAACACACAGUGGAACUGAGUUUGUGUUAGGGUGUCUAAGAUACUGAGAAGUGAAUCGAGUAAAAGGAGCUAACCUAGAUGAAAUAAUUCAAUAAUGUAAUGAAUAAGCAGGGAACGAACUGGAAAGCAAAAAAAAAUCUGUUCAUAGAAAUCGUUUACUCGACUUAUACACUUUAUAUAACUGUCUUACGAGUUUUUUUAGUUGAAGUAAUGUUGUAUGGCUCGUCGUAUGGAAGAAAAUCUUUAAAAUAUAAAAUACUAUAUUUGAAA